AUGAAGCUGCAGUGUGACGUCGAGGUGGUGAAUCGGAUGCUGCCCACGUACGGGAUGAGAAGUCGGGGGAAAGGGGCGAGAGCGGUUCUCAGCAUCGGGAGACAUGUGGACAAAACGAGCCAACGCAGCAACAUAUACAUGAUGAUCUGCACGGCCAAAGACAGAGCAGGCUCAAAGUACAAGCUGAAAGACAACAUAGAGAAGUUCUUCACGUGGUUUGUGGAGGAAGGCAAGGCCACCGUCAGAUUAAAGGAACCUGCGGUUGACGUUUGUUUAAGCAAGGCCGACGCAAACAGCUUGAAAAACUUCCUCUCGGCCGCUCGCCUCGCGGACAGAGGGAGCGACUCGAGCAGCCUCCCCCUCUCCACUCUCACCCCUGUGCGCGCGAGGGACGUGGAGCAACCCAAGAAGAAGAUGACCAUCGUCUCCAAGAAGGACUAUCCGCUCACGUCCAACUUCCCCUACUCUCUGGAGCAGCUGCAGGUGUCCUACUGCAAACUGUCGCGUGUGGACAUGCGGAUGUUGUCCCUAAAAGCCCUCCGCAAGCUCGACCUCAGCAACAACCACAUCAAGCAGCUCCCCGCCACCAUCGGUGACCUCGGCUGUCUCUCCGAGCUCGUCCUCCACAACAACCACCUGGAGACGUUCAGCGACGCGCUGUGCCUGUCCACCCUGCAGCGCACCCUCCAGCUGCUGGACCUCAGCCAGAAUCGACUCAAGUAUUUCCCGCCACAUUUCUGCCAGCUCAGGGAGCUGGUCAACCUGAAACUGGACGACAACGCGCUCGUCUGCUUGCCGUCCCACGCCGGCCGACUCCAGAAGCUGAGGUUCCUGUCGGCGGCGCACAACCAGCUCACCGUGCUGCCCGGUGACUUCCGCAAGCUGAGCCUGGAGAACCUAGACCUGUUUGGGAACCCCUUCAUCCAGGCCAAUCCUCUGGACCAUGAGAUGCAGCUGACGUUUCCCCUUUCGCUUCAAGAGAUGGCGUCCAGAGCUGUGGCCAACCUCAGGAUACCGUACGGACCUCACCUGGUCUCGGCCCACUUAUGUCGGGACCUCGACCGCGCCAAGACGUGCGACUGCGGCUGCGUCUGCGUCAACUUCUUCAUCAAGACGGCGGUCAGCAUGAACCUGCACCAGGUGUCGCACACCGUCGUCCUGGUGGACGACAUGGGAGGCACGGACGCGCCGGUGCAGCGCUUCUUCUGCUCCCUCUCCUGCUACUCUGAGUUUCUGGACAACUCCCUCCAGAGGGGAAUCAGAUGAGCAGGAACAAAACGGCGCUUUUGUUGGAAAAAAAAAAAUAAUAGGGGGGUGCAG